UAUACAUCUAGUGUUCUGCGCACUUUCAAUUUUCCUCCCAACUGCUACUUACUGAUACCCUCCCUCUCCCGCCCCUCCCUAAUCCCUCUCCCUCCCUUCCGCCCUUCCCUCCUUUCUCUAAUACCCUUUACGCACACCCUCUCCCUUAAUUUCCGCUCUACCAUCCAUUAAAAUGAUGAAGGUCACUUUUGGUAUCCUUGCUGUUCUGAUCGCUGCGACCAAUGCUGCCCCGGCCGACUCUCAGGCCACCACUGUCGGCAAGCCGUUCGACUUUGACCUCAACCUGUCGUACCAGGGUGCUCCUGGUGCUGCUGCCCCGCCAGCCGCCCCUGCUCCUGCUCCUGCUCCUGCCCCUGCCCCUGCUGCCGAUUACGCUAGCUCCGGUUACAGCGACAAUGUGCCAAUCCCUCCUCCUGCUGCUGGCUAUGGUGCCGCCGCCCCUGCUGCCGCCGCCCCUGCUGCUCCCGCAGCCGCUGCUCCCGCUGCUGAUUCGAGCUCAGGUUACGGAUCUCCCCCUGCUCCCGGCUAUGGUGCCCCUGCUGCCGCUGCCCCUGCUGCCCCGCGGCUGCCGCUCCUGCUGCUGACUCGAGCUCUGGCUACGGAUCUCCCCCUGCUUCUGGCUAUGGUGCCCCUGCUGCCGCUGCCCCUGCCGCCCCCGCGGCUGCCGCUCCUGGCUAUGGUGCCCCUGCUGCUCCCGCGGCCGCCGCUCCCGCUGCUGACUCGAGCUCUGGCUACGGAUCUCCCCCUGCUUCUGGCUAUGGUGCCCCUGCUGCCCGCUGCCCCUGCUGCCCCCGCGGCUGCCGCUCCUGCUGCUGACUCGAGCUCUGGCUAUGGUGCUCCUGCUGCCGCCGCCCCUGCGGCUGCUGGCUAUGGUUCUUCGGCUGGUUACGGCUCCGCUGAGCCGGCUGUCACUGUCACCACUGAGGCACCAGCCAGCACCACCACAGUCACUAUCACGCCUCCCCCUUGCACUGUGACUGUCAAUGUUGCUGGCUCCACUGUCACCAACACCGUCCAUGGCGCUGACAGCACCAUUACUGUCACUGCUGCAGGCAACACCGUCACGCACACCGCGCAUGGCUCCGACACUUGUGUCACCAACACCCUCCCUGGUAGCGUUGUCACGCACACUGUCCAUGAUCCAGAUCAGACCUGUACCAUCCACGCACCGGGCAGCACUGUCUUCACCACCGUGACUGACCCCCCGACAUACAUCACCAAGACCAGCCAGCUGCCGGCUGUCACUCUGUCAUGCAUCCGCCCUGGUGACACCAAGACCAGUGACCAUCGUGCCUCCUGCUCAGACCGCUACUUGCUACAGCGCUGGUCAGCCACCUCCGGCCGCCUACGGUGCCAACUCGUCGGCUGAUGGUUCUGGCUAUGGUGGUGGCUCGUCGGGUGGUGGCUCGUCAGGUGGUGGUUCUGGCUACGGUGGUGGCUCGUCGGGUGGUGGUUCCGGCUAUGGCUCUAACUCGUCGGGUGGUGGUUCUGGCUACGGUGCUAGCUCGUCAGGUGGUGGUUCUGGCUACGGUGCUAGCUCGUCGGGCGGCGGUGGUGGUUACGGUGACAGUGGAUCGUCGUCUGCUGCCUACGGAGCAGGCCCUGGCUCCGCCCCCGCUUAUGGUGGUGGCUCAUCGUCUGCUGCCUACGGAGCCGGUCCUGCCCCCGCUCCCGCCUAUGGUGGUGGCUCAUCGUCGGCUGCGUACGGCGCUGGCCCUGCCCCUGCUC